GGUAAAUGUCAUCCAGUCUUGUUUGAUACACAACAGAGCGAGCGCGCGCGUUUCAAACAAUACGCCGACACAUCGAAUGAGAAUUUAAAAAACGAACUCUUAUAAGUGACUGCCAGUGAUUAUAUUUAUAAAAAAAAACGUAUCAACGUUAAUUCCAAAUUUAAAUUGUUAGAGAACGUGUUAAUUAAAUUGUCACUCACAUAUACGAGUUUAAAAUAAACUUUAGUAAUAAGACUGUUAUAUUUCUAAAAACGUAGUCAGUGAGGUAUGUUAGUUUAAGAUCUAAGAACAGUGAGUGUUAAAAGGCAGACAUGGGUUACAGAGACCUCUUGCUAGUGUGUGCCACCGUUUUGUAUUUAUAUUCAUUUGUAGUCGCUACACAGGACAUACCAGUGACUACGGAUCGCGCGGGAGGUACAUUAGGACUUAAAAUACCACCUACAAGCUUCACAUGCCAGGGUCGAGCGGCGGGGUAUUAUGCCGAUCUUGAAACUGGAUGUCAGGUAUACCACAUGUGCGACGGGCUAGGUCGUCAGUUCAGCUACACGUGUCCAAACACCACGCUGUUCCAGCAACGCAUGCUCAUCUGCGACCACUGGUACAUGGUGAACUGCUCCAUGUCCGAGAGGGAUUAUAACGCCAACCUGCUUAUUGGUCAACGGGACAAACCGUUUGUAUCAGACGAGGAGAUGCGCCUGCGCACGCCGCGACCCGACAUCCUCUCCGUGCCACUAAAUAACAAUUAUUACGACGGACUUAAGGAAGCUGAGGCCAAGUUUCCUCUACACCCCGGCAACAGCAUCGUGGGCGUCGCUGAUACCAUCUCCGACGAAGAUGACAACGGUCUAGACAGCGGGAAACGCAACUACAGACCACCGACCUCCUGGUCAAUGAGGAACAGGCGACCCAACGUAGCCAUCAACGUAAAUGACAUCGACAGCAUCGCUGGCGCUGCCUCCCAAGACCCCGGACCCACCAUCAGACCAGUGACAAAGGUCCAGGAUAUCCCAGUCUAUGCAGGAGUACCAAUCACAGUACCAAGCAAGGAACUAAGCCCGCCUUUACUCCCAACAACUACAGAAGCAGUUUCAGAAGAAGAUUUACCUACCACUACUGAUGUUGUGUACAACUUUAUCAGACGUUUUGAUCCCAACUCCCCCGAUUCUUUGAAGACUGCCAUUAGUAAAUCAGAAAUUUUGGAUCUUAACAAACAUUUACCAGAGGGUCAAGUCAGUUCUGAAGAUGAACGCACUCCUAGAAAGAAUAAGAAUUUCGAUAAAAAUCUGAACAAUUUCCACAGUGAUAAUGACAAGAGUUUUACUGAGCGAACGAGGUUUGACACUGUUAAUAUUAAGUCCAACCCUACUGAGAGUGUGACUACUGUACCUCAAGUUCCAACCCCGGAUAGAGUUCUGUUGCCUCCUAAAACAGACUACGCACCUCUCCCAUCAACUACUAUGGGACCACCUAUUUACUACGAAUGGAAGUGGGCCGUCCCAGCCUUUGAACUUGAAUUACCCAAAGAAGGUAACAUAACUAAUUCAACCAAUACUCAACGCACCAGGUCCAUAGGAAAAAGUCCAUUCAGCACCGUCACUCGAUACACAAUCCCAGACGAAGAUGCGACUCCGAAACCCCGUGAUGUCGAAUACAACAUCAGCUCGUAUUUUGUCCCAGACUACGUGUUUCCUCUGGACAAAUCUCACCCAGGGUAUGAGGACGAUGAUGCCCAAACCUCGUUCCAAGUUCAAGUGUCACGACCGGGCAGGUCGAGUUAUGGUGAGAACCCUGAGUGUCCACAAUGCCACCCGGCAUAUUUGAAGGCUGGUACGUGUGAGCCAUGCAUUGUGAAGCGGUAACCUUGUGUGAAUGAUUAAUUGUUAAGUCUUCAGAGUUCAUUAUAACCUCUUUCCCGAAUUAAAGAUGUCUUCUGGUCAUGACAAUACGUUGGAUUAUGAUUGUGAUAAAUGAUAGCUUAAGUCAAGGAUGAAAUUCAACCUUUCCUACUGCCAAUGCUUUACGAUAGGUCCUUAUUUCACUAAGCGUCUUUUGGUAUUAUAUUUGCGAAUUUGUUGUAAUACGCGAAUCUAAUUUGUUAUAAGAGUCUUUUUGUACUGUAUUUAAAAGACUAGAUUUCGGAUAUUUGAAAUUACAACCAUAUCUAUUGUUUUUUCAAAGGCAAUAAUUAUAAAAGCAUAUCGUAAAAUCUUUAUGAUUAUUUUUACAUUAUAUACAAUAGACUGUUUUGUUCCUGUUACCAGUGCAAAUAUUAUUAUAAGACCUCAAAUACCUAUGGAGUAGUAUCUAUCUAUAAAUCCUAUUUUAUUAUUAUUAUGGGAUUCAGAAUUAAAAGUUAUAUGAACUUAAGGCGAUACUUCUUUACUUCUUUACUUGCCAAUACUGGUUUAGUUACCCAGAUUAAAGGUGAAACAAAAUGUAUGAAAAUGGACCUUGAGGUAUCGCCUUAAUAGUACCUAACCACGUGCCUUCAGGAAAAAAAUCGAAAUAUUGCUUUAAUAUUUCCUGAAUAGAUAUAUUGAUCAUAAAUAAGAUUUUUAAAUUCCCUACACGUAUUAAAUCAUUUGCCAAAGUAGCUUAUUGUAAUAUUAUAGCGAACUUGAUUAGGUACCUAUCUACUUACAAUGUAUUUUUUGUAAAAUGAUUGUAUUGAUUUAUACCUACUAGUUUGAUUUAAAAAGAAGAUAUAUUAAAAAUAUAAUCGAUGUGGAAAGAUACAGAAAGACAUAAUAUUAUUGUACCAUUCAUUCAAUAAAACGCACUGUUCCCGAGGGAUAGAAAUUGAUUUACAAGAUCUACAUUGAGGACCCCUUUAUAUUAUGUUAUCACGCCUCCCCAGGGAGGCGUGUCACCCACAUACAAUAUGUUUAGUAUAAAAAUAUAAUUGAAGCAUUUGUGUUCAGUAUGUAAAAAAAAUUAUAGCGACUUUGAAAAAAAUAUAAAAUCUAGAUUUGUCUACACAUCAACCAUGGUCAUUAAAACAGUGCCUUAUUUACUUAAGAUUAUCAUUAACUUCUACGCUCUUAUUUAUAAUUUUAUAUGUUUUUAAGUGCCGUUACCUAUAAGAAUAAAUUUAAAUAAAGUUAUUGUAAAAUAAAAUAUUAUCAUGUUUUUUCUUUCCAUCCUGUUUAUAAGUGGGCAAAAAUGGGUUAUCGCGACCAACUCUUGGGAAGUGAGAGGAAAGACAAUAUUGAAUAUGUAUUUCAUUUCGCAUAGCGACAUCUUUUAUCAUAGUCUAUUGACUUUUUCUGCUCUGUACUUAGUGUGAAGUCUGAAAUGUUAUCCGGCAAAAGGUAAUAAACUCGUCUCCUACAUGGGACCUAACAUAACUGGUGAAAUGUGUGAGUGAACAAAAAUAAUUAUUAUAUUAUAUUAUAUUAUGAAAAGGGAAAGAUACUUACUUACCUUGCAAGAAGGAAAAGGCGUGAUUAUAUAUUUUUUUUUUAUAAUAAAUAUAUCUGUACAGCGACA